CUAGUUAUUAGUUCUCAGUUGGGCAGGCUUGGAAGUUUUUCUCAUUUAUUUAGUCUUUAGCAUUUAAUUUACAUGCACGUCCUGCUUUGAAGCCCCUCAAAAUCAUUAAACACAUAAAACAAAAGAAAAUUCAUAUAAAUUCAAUUUCACGUUGGAAAGUUUGAUCGAGCGGAUUAUAGACGAAGUUUAGGCUAUCUGAACAUGGAGGAAUAUUCUCGUGAACCCUGCCCCUAUCGCAUCGUGGAUGACUCUGGCGGUGCGUUUGCCAUGGGCUCGAUUGGUGGUGGCAUCUUUCAAGCGCUAAAAGGAUUCAGAAACGCUCCGCAGGGACUCAGCCGUCGCCUAGUGGGCAGCAUGAUAGCUGUGAAAUCUCGCUCGCCUGUGAUAGCUGGCAACUUUGCUGCCUGGGGAGGUAUGUUCAGCACCAUUGACUGCACCUUGGUGCACUUUAGGCAGAAGGAGGAUCCGUGGAACUCAAUAAUCAGCGGAGCGGCCACAGGUGGCAUUUUGGCGGCACGUAAUGGUCUCGCCUCCAUGGCAGGUAGUGCCAUCAUUGGCGGCAUUCUGCUCUCAUUAAUUGAGGGCGUUGGCAUCCUCCUGACUCGAAUCUCCGCAGAACAAUUUCGAAAUCCAGCGCCACCUAUUGAACCGCAAGAUGCCGGUGUUAACAUUUUGGAACCGGACUCACCUAAAGCAUUUGGUUUUGGCACCCGAACACAGAAUGUUAAUUCCUAAAUUAAAUUUGUUGACAGUUAUAAACCUUGGACCUUUAUCCGAUAUAUGCGAUCGAAUCGUAUCAAAAUUAUUUUUAACCCUUAAGCCCAUUUGGUUAACGUAUGGUACAUGAUGAUAUGAACAUCAGACGUAAAUUAUAUUUACUAGAGACUAUAUUGAUUGAGAUAGUUAAUUCUAGACUUCGACUAUAAGAGAUUUCAAGGUGCUCUUAAAAAUCGAACGAAAAGCCGCAAUUAAACAGAAACCUUAAGAUCUCUGUAA